AUGAGCAAGCGUUCCUAUGGAGAGUCAUUGUCCCACGGUGGCUCUCAGCCACCGGAGUCCAUCGAUAGCCCUCACAUGCUUCCCAUCAACGAUCUCCUCUCCCCCAGUCAAGUUCAGGAGCAGCACCAGCAAUCCACAGCGUCGUCGAAGAAACCACGCAAUUUCAUUGCUACAGUGGCAUGUGAAACAUGCCGACUCAAGAAGACCCGAUGCGACGAGUCCAGACCGAAGUGUGGCCUGUGCAAGGCCCUUGGCCUGGAGUGUGUUUACAAUGAGCGCAAAUCUUCGAAGCGAGAUCAUUCGCUCAGCUUAAUCAUGAGCACUCUUCAUCGACUCGAAACCAAGCUAGAGAGCCUCCCAUUGACUCUCUCUCAUGAUCUAAAGUCCCUCCAAGGGCAGAUGCUGCACGCGCUGGAUGAUGCGGCAGAGAUAGGCACCCCCGAACGCAGUAGUCGGCGAGUCCUCCAGCAAGCUCCUUUGGCCCAUCCCCUGGCGCACGACCUCACACCUGAUGCAGCGGAGCCCGACGACUUUGAAUUCAAUGAGCGAACGAAUACCACGGACCCGACAGGACAGGUCUCAAUCUCCUUCAGCCAACACGGCGUGGUCCUGUGGCCAGGAGCACGCAAGGUUUUACCUAAGGGACUUCUUGAGGCCCACGAAAAGCUCGGAAAGAACUAUGUGAUCGAUACGGAAAUGAGGCGACCCCAGCUCCCCAUGUACAUUUGUCCGUUUCCUACCCAGGCCGGCAACGACUGGCUGGAGGCACUUCCGCUGGCGGUGGUCAAAGGCCUUUCGGAUGCAUUUUUUGCGACUUUUGCUCCAUUCACGCCGAUCAUGGACAAGAAUUUUUAUUUCGCACUGACCCUGGGGGCCGCGAUCGAGAAUGGGUUUGGUUAUACGAUAGAGAGCUGUCUGGUCCUCAACGUCAUGGCCCUAGGUUGUCUGGCCGUCCAAGCGCAUAGAGAAGGGAAUUAUCCAUUGUCUGGCACUCGAAGUGCUCAAUUUGAACCGCCAGAGUGGAUGGACGUUAUCCAUGAAGACCCGCCCGGUCUACGCUUCUUCAACGAAGCUCGUCGUCGCAUUGGCUUUCUCAUGUGUGACAAUGACCUCCAAAGUUGCCAAUUCUAUCUUUUGUCCUCCCAAAUUCUCCGUGUCAUGGAUUCAUGGGCUAUGCUCCAUCGCGCCGCUACAUGCUGCCUGUCGAUGCUAACCAAUCACGAUGUCAAUUUCAACGAAUGGGAGGGCGACAUGAAGUCGCGUGUCUACUGGAACUGCGUCAUGAACGAGACCAUCCUCGUGCAGGAGCUACACCUUCCUCCCAGCGGACUAGCGCGUCUCGAGGAGCUAGUGCCCAUUCCCAAAUUCAUUGGUUUCGAAACACUCGGCUUUGGGCCUCCUCGAACAUCCUCGACAGACGAGAUCGAUGAUGCCUUUUUCCAGUACCAUUUCCUUGCGCAGGUCGCUCACCGUAUCAUCCUCACCCGAAUCCGGCACUCCUUGUACUUUUACUCCGACUCGGGAACAUUCCCCUUCCCUGCCAUCAACGCCGAACUCCAUCACCAGCUGGACCAAUGGCGCCUCAACCUUCCACCGGCACUCCAAUUCCCCGACACUCUCCCUUACACCCCGGCAGCUGAUACCCCCGCGGCGUCCUCUCCAUCCGCCAUCUCACCCCUCCCCCUCGAUCCCCAUCGUCCCUUGACUCCUGCCACCGCAGUGUCCGAGGCCAUGCUCCGUGGCCGCUACAAAAUCGCCAAGUUCCACAUCGGUCGUCCAUACCUCUACAAAGCCCUCCGUACCCCCGCGUCCCUCACAGAGGAGGACUUGGAGCAAAUGCGCAGCGGCCUCCGAAACGCCAUGGACUGGCCGGUAGUCGGGGGCAUCUUCCGCGCCAUGAGGAGUUGCAUUCCAAUCAGGUUCGCCUUUUGUUCUCAGUUCUUCGGCCAGAUCCUCCUCUUCUACUGUAUUUCUCACUCUUCAGAUCCCCGCUUACGAAGCACCCUCCCUACCGGAUGGGAACGAUGGAAUCAGGAAAUGAUGCAGUUCCUGGAGGACUGCGCACCUUAUAGUCCGGCGGUGGCGAAAGAUCUGGAGCUUUUGCGUCUGCUAUGA